CGGGGACCGGGACUGGAAGACGCGCCCCAGCAGCCGGCUGGUCCGGCGGCUGGACCAGGGCGGGGGGCGCGGGGACGGGGAGACGAACACCCAACUGAUCCUGCCGGGGCAGGAGGGGCGAGGAGCAGGGUCGUCUUUACAGUUCGGAGAGGGAUGAGGACAAAGUGAGGUUUGGAGGAAACGGGAUCUUAGGAAGUGGCCGGAAGUGGUGGGAAGCUGGUAACAGGCGUUGGUACAAGGAACCGAAAGGAUCAGGGAGAAAGAAGGGAGGUCUGUGUAAGUGACUGAAAGGAUCGGGGGACAAGAAAGAAGGUCGUUGUAAGUGAAGGAAAGGUGAGCUGUGGGUAGAUCAAAGGGCUAAGAGAAGACAGUCGGUGGAAGUGGAUAGAGGAUCGAGGACGACCGUGGAAGUGGCUGGGGUCCGGGGCCGGAACAGUGCCAGACGGGGCCGGAAGGCAGCGGAGCAGAGGGCAAACCUGAGAGUGUUUGGAAAUUGGAAGACUUGGUGGCGAACGAGGGUCAGGACUCAGAUCCUGCCUCGGAAAGUGGGCGACGUUUCCGGGAUGUGGGAUCGGAGGCUGGUGCGGUUGGCCGUGUUGCAGCAGCUUCGGGCUGCCUAUGGCAUUAAGGUCAAGGGUGGCAGAGGGCAGUGCGAUCGCAGGAGACAUGAAACAGCAGCCACGGAAAUAGUGGGUAAAAUAUUUGGAGUACCUUUUAAUGCAUUGCCCCAUUCUCUUGUACCAGAAUAUGGACAUAUUCCAAGUUUUAUUGUUGAUGCUUGCACAUCUUUAGAAGAGCAUAUUCACACGGAAGGACUUUUCAGGAAAUCAGGAUCUGUUAUUCGUCUAAAAGCACUAAAGAAUAAACUGGAUCACGGAGAAAGCUGCCUGUCUUCUGCACCUCCCUGUGACAUUGCGGGACUUCUUAAGCAGUUUUUUAGGGAAUUGCCAGAGCCCAUUCUCCCAGUUGAUUUGCAUGAGGCGCUUUUCAAAGCUCAACAAUUAGGAACAGAGGAGAAGAACAAAGCUACAUUGUUGCUCUCCUGUCUUAUGGCUGACCACACAAUUGAUAUAUUAAGAUACUUCUUUAACUUUCUCAGGAAUGUUUCUCUUAGGUCCAGUGAGAAUAAGAUGGAUAGCAGCAAUCUUGCUGUAAUAUUUGCACCAAACCUUCUUCAGACAAGUGAAGGACAUGAAAAGAUGUCUGCUAACACAGAGAAAAAGCUACGAUUACAGGCUGCGGUAGUGCAGACUCUUAUUGAUUAUGCAUCAGAUAUUGGGCAAGUUCCAGAUUUUAUCCUGGAAAAGAUACCAGCUAUGUUGGGCAUUGAUGGUUUCUGUGCUACUCCAUCACUAGAAGGCUUCAUUGAAGACGGUGAAUGUGAAACUCCUGGUGACUGUAAGAGAAAGCGAAGACAAAGUGUAGGAGAUUUUGUUAGUGGAGCAUUAAAUAAACUUAAAUCUAACAGAACACCCUCUAUUACACCUCAACAGGAAAGAAUUGCCCAGCUGUCUGUAUCACCAGUGAUUCUUACGCCAAAUGCUAAGCGUAAACUGCCAGUAGAUUCUUCUCAAGGUUUCUCAAGUAAGAAAAGGAAGGCCAUCAAGCACAAUUUUAACUUUGAGUUGUUGCCAAGUAACCUCUUCGGUAGCAGUUCUACACCAGUAUCAGUUCACUGUGAUACAAGCCCAGAAGGGUCAUCUCAGAGCUCACUCUCUCCUGUAGCCGUCAGUGGAAACCAUUUGAUCAGUACAGAUGUGCUGAGGCGAAGUAAAAGGAUUGCAAGCAAAAAGGUUUGCAGGGUGGAAUCAGGAAAAGCAGGUUGCUUCUCUCCUAAAAUCAGUCGUAAAGAAAAGGUUCGAAGAUCUCUUCGCUUGAAAUUUAGUCUGGGGAAAAGUAGCAAAGAUGUAAAUGGGUGUUCUGGUGUCAAUAGAUGUGAAAAUGUUGGUCGACGACUUGCAAAUCAACAAAAUUUAAAAAAUAGGAUUGAAUCUGUAAAAACAGGUCUGCUUUUUAGCCCAGAUAUUGAUGAAAGAUUAACAAAGAAAGGUUCAAAAAAGAUCAGUAAGUCUGAGGAAAACUUAUUAACUCCAGAGCGACUAGAUAGAACAAGUUACCGGAUGUCUUGGACAGGACCUAGUAAUUCAAGUUUUCAAGAAAUAGAGGCAAAUGAAGCUUCUCCAAUAGAAGGAAAUCUUGAGGUGGAAAACUCUUCUUUGGAGUCUGACAGUACGGUUGAAAAGUCACCUGUUAGUUCAUAUGAACUCACCCCUUCUAAUGUACACAGUAACCAAAAUAGCAACACAACUGGAAGUUCUCUUAGUGGGGAUGAAAAUAACUUGACCACAGAGACCUUGGUGAAAAUUCAGAAAGCAUUUUCUGAAUCGGGAGGUAAUCUUCAUUCAUUGAUAAAUCACAGGCAGUCAUCAAUAACUAAUGUGGGGAAAGUAAAAUUAAAUGAAACGUCUUCUAUGGAAUAUAGCCCAGAGAAAAACCUACUUGAAACUAAUGAUUUGACUGUGAUAGAAUCAAAUGAACACUACACUAGUAAAGAUGAAAAUAGUUUUUCAGAAAGAGACUUCUCAUCACAUCCAACUCAAAAAUUGGAUAAAGAAGCAACUAUGAAAUGUUACUCAACUCAGAUGAAGAUGGAACAUGAAAAAAGCAUUCAUUCAAAUAUACCAAAAGAUCAUUUAAGCAAAGAAGAAUUGCCCAGUAAUGAAGAAAUAAAGAAACAACAGUCCCCAAGGGAUAAACGAAAUACUGAAUUAAAGGCGAACGAGGAUCUGAUUGAAGAGAACUUACAGACAUGCACAGCUUAUAGGGAGGACACGGCUAACGCCUCUUCCUCCGAGCAGAGUACAUGCAACAUAACAAACUUGUCAAAACCUAGAGUUGUGAGAAUUGUUAAACAGCAAUCACUCGUGGAAACACGUGAUAAAAUGGUUUCUGAAAGUUUACAAAUGACAGAGCAGGGGAAGGUUUCAGACCACAUACAGUGGUUUAACAAGCUUUCUUUACAUGAACCGAAUAAGACAAAAGUAAAGUCACCUCUUAAGUUUCAGCGAACGCCUGUCCGUCAGUCUGUCAGAAGAAUUAAUUCUUUGCUGGAGUAUGGCAGACAACCUGUAAGGCAUAAACUGGCAAGUGUCGGUGACGCCACUUCUCCUCUGGUUAAAUCAGUGAGCUGUGACAGCGCUCUUUCCUCUUGUGUAGAAAGUACAAAGUCAAAAGAUUCCUCUAUUUCAUGUCCCAAAUCAGGUCCUCAAGAACAGAAGUCGGCAUCGUGCAAACAGUCAAAUGCUGAUGCAGUCUCAAAAUCAAGCUUGGAGUUAACUUCUAAAUCUUUCUCACAGAUGAAGAGGCUCCCGGACUCCGUGAAUGCUUCUCUUGGGUCUACCAGAGUUUGUCAACAGGAAGUGAAAUCGGAUGGCCAAAUUAAGGUUCCCUUGGAUGAUCUGACAAAUCAUAAUAUAUUAAAAUCUGUCAUAAAUAAUAAUAUGGGCUUUUCUGGGAUAAAUAACAGGAUCCUUAGGAAACCUUCAGAAAGAGAAAGAAUCUGGUAUAAAGGGUCUCCAAAAAAUCCUAUUGGAAAAGCUCAACUAUUGCCAACAAGUAAACCUGUGGACUUGUAAUUGCUAGGAGUUGUCGUUAAUGUAAAUAAAAUUAGCAAUUGGUGACAUGACUUGCAAGGUAAUCCACAUGUCAGUCUGUAGCUCAGGAUUAUUGCUGUGCGUAUCUAUCCAAGCAACUUGGAUUCUUAUGCUUACAUAAAUGACUUUGUUCUUCUUAAUUAUGGCAAUACUUAAACUUUUUAAUUUUAUUUUGAUCUCUUAAAGCAGAGUUUACGCUUUUUUAAAGAAAUUGUUGACUGAGUUUAUAAGAAAUUAAUUUUGAGGGGGAGGUAGUGGGAGA